AUGGUUGAAUCUGCUAAAUCCUGUCCAUAAAUAUAAUGCGAUGACUAUUUAGGUUAGGAUGUGUGUUUUUUGCACUCAGCCUCUAAUCCAGUUACUUUUGUCAGAUUUACUUAGUGUGAGGAUCAGAAUAAAGUGUGCUAUAUGGGAGAGAACUACGCUUGGCUAGAUGCUUAGAAAUAAUUUUACAAUUCAGGGACUAAGAUUCAGAAUUCCUAAAUUUAUAUGAAAAACACUCAAGGGAGAUGCAUGAAUGUGAAUGAUUUCAGAAAUGAACUUCUUCCUGGGAGAAACUGUUCCUAUGAUACUCAGUGCUUAAGUGGAACUUGCAAUUCAGCUGGGGUAUGUUCAGGAAAAGCUAUUAAUGAACCCUGCGCUGAAAAUAGUGAAUGUGAGAUAAACCUAGCUUGUAUUCCUUCUAAAACCUUCCCUUGGUAGACUAUCUGCAGGAAAUACUUGUAUGAAGGAGAUUCAUGUGAGAAUGAUUAUCAAUGUGGUAUCAACAUGAUUUGUACUCCUCCCAAUUCAACAGCUUCCUUCAACGAUGCAAAUGUUUGCAUGAAAAAAUAUGAUUUAGUGGAUGGGUCCGUAACUGGCUAUAAAAUAUAUAAGAGUGAUGUGUAUUCUGAUUCAUUGAGAAAUGGGUUGAAGUGUAGAUCAGGAAUUUGUAGAAUGAGAACAGCUACAGAAUGCUAAUGCUUUAGUAUUGUAAAUGUUACUACUGACUAUGGACUACAGAGUGACUCCACUUUCUAUAAAUGCACAGCAAUGAGUCAAUACAAUCACUGCCAAUACUACUACGUUCAUGAUGAAGAUAAUGAUGGGGUACAAAAUCUAGGUUAUCUUAGAAUGAAUUGUCAAUGCUCAAUGGAUGGUAGUGUUGGAUACUGCCCUAUGCCUGGAUAAUCUAAACUUAUUGAAUAUAUUAGCAUAAUGAAAAUAUUAGAUACAUAUGCAGUUAGCUGUCAUUCAUUAGAUAGAUAUAACCUUGAGGCGUAGAUGGAGUGUGGAAUUGGAAAGUAAUACUCAAACAUUGAAAACUUAAGAGAUGAGCUAGAGAUUAUAUUUAGAUUCGAAUAUUGGCCAUAUGCUUAAUAUCAAAGCUAAAGAUCAAUUAUACAUCCAUGUUUAAAUAAAGGUCAUUCAGAAAGUCCCAUUAAUAUCAUAAGGCAGACCAAUAUAUUAAGGAAAUUAUAUAGCUCAUCUUCAAAUAUACAAUGA